CACUGUCUGGGUCAGAGUUGACGUUGAGUACAGACAAAUUAAUUUGUUAUUUACUUUCUUUGCUAAAAAUGGGAGGUGUUGUGUUGGAAAAUUUGAGCAACAAGAAGUUGUCAAUACUGGCAGUAUCUUUACUUUUGAUACUGAUUGUUUUCUUUUUGAUAGGUGGACUUAUAGCUCCUGCUCCUUCAAAUGUAAUGAAUAUGGUGACAACUAAAUGUCAUGACAUUACUGUUGAUGUAAAACCUAAAUCUUGGUACAUACCUAGAGGCCCUGCUGGAUGUGAUGCUGUCGAUGAUUUUGAUGACCCAAUUAUAUAUGAAAAACAUGUAGAUACCAGAAUGAUUGUUUUUGCUCUGUGGAUACCAUAUCCUCGUGAUCAUAAACAGUUGGAUAUGUCCAGAUGGUUUCAGAAUAUGCUGACAGUUCUUCAGAUGGAUAUUGAGCAUAGAUCUACAAAUCCUAUUUCGGAAAAUGCUACAAUGAAGAUGGAAGUGCGUUUGGGAUAUAGAAAUAAAAAUGACAAUGAAACAGAUUGGAAAGAACUGAUCACUACAAGUAUCAACAGACCACUACAUUGUGAAAAAAACGGUACAAAAGAUGGUGAGCAAUAUAAAUGUGAUCUGGUAUCAUUUUUUGAGUUGGGGAGUGUGCAUUAUGAUUACUACCUGAUUAAUUUACGACUACCUGUCUACCCACAAAAACAAACCAACCAAGGUUUAGGAACUAUAAAAGAUAUCUGGAUUAUUACAAUCUUUCAAAAUGGUGGUUUUACAAAAGUAUGGUUUGCAUUAAAGACUACCAUGUUCCCAGUUGUUCUCACUAUAUUAGUUUGGUUUUGGAGACGAAUAAAACUACUCAGUAGAGAACCAAAUUUAUUAGAAAGAACAUUAUUAGCAUUGGGUAUUAUUCUGUCUAUAAUGAAUUGUCCUGUAGAAUGGUUUACUAUCUGGUUCGAUCUACCAUGGAUGACUAUACUUACUGACGUGAGACAAGGGGCCUUUUAUGCUACACUUAUGUCAUUUUGGAUGAUAUUUGCUGGAGAACACAUUAUGGAUUCCAUUCCUAAGAACAGCUUAUCAAGAUACAAGAUACAUUUAUCCUUGGUUGUAUUUGGAUGUCUUUGUCUCUUUAUCUUUGAGAUGUGUGAAAAGGGAAUGCAGUUGGCCAAUCCAUUUUAUACCAUUUGGGUGACAGAAACAGGGGCACACUUGGCUUUGGCUUUUAUUAUUCUAGCUGGAAUGGCUGCUUGUACUUAUUUUCUUUUCCUCUCAUAUAUGAUAUUCAAAGUUUUCAGAAAUAUUAGUGCCAAGAAGACGGCUCUACCAAGAAUGAGUAACAUUCGUCGAAAGUUUUACAUGGGUCUAAUAUUUCGCUUCAAGUUUCUUAUGGUGUUGACAUUACUAUGUGCUGCUUUGACUACUAUCUUCUUCAUCAUUAGUCAAGUUAGUGAAGGACAGUGGAAGUGGGGAGAUGAAGGAAUAAGUCUAGAAUAUUCAAGUGCUUUCCUCACAGGAGUUUAUGGCAUGUGGAAUGUGUACGUAAUUGGGCUGCUAAGUUUGUAUGCCCCAUCACACAAACAGUAUACUAAUGCUGAUAUAAAUAACAGUGAUGGAAGUCAAGAAGAGGAGGUUCAACUUACACAGAUUCCAACCGAAAAUUCAGCCCUAUCAGCUUAUGUUACAAAGGAAGCUGAGGACUAAAUAAGGAAGUGAUUAUAUUGAAAACCUUGAACUGGUUAUUUGUCUGUUCUUAGUGCAAUUUACUUGAAUGUAUUUAUAAAGCUCCACUAAUAAUAACACAAGUUGGUAAUGUGCAAAGGGGGUGCAUUUGGUUUAUUAAAAAUCUUUAUGUCAUGGGUUUGUUUAUGUUGAUUUAAUGCUAUGAUGGAGAUACAGGGUUGAAUUUAAAUGCAUUUGCCAUUAUGAUGUGUUUUGACUUUGACAGAUUUAUAUUGUCUUUUAUUUAUGUUUUUUUUUGCAGAUUUUUAGAACAAUGCUUACAAUCUUUAUUCAUUUGUUUACAUUGACCAUAGUUUAUAUUAUUAUUAUUAUAUAGAUUUAUAUAAUGUGUAUAUACAUCAGCGUCAAAGUUGACAUGUUAUAUCUAAUGUGUACAUGUAUAUUUGAAUAUGAUGAUUAAAUUUUGUAGUUAUAAUAACAUUUAAAUUAAAUGAAGUCCCAUGUGAUAUAGUUAAAAGACAGAUGGAAAACAAUUCAAAAGGCAUGCCAAAAGGAAUUUGAAUAUAGAAUGGAAUGGAAUAUUUUGUUGAUACUUACUGCCUGAACUCUAUGCCAUGGUAAAAAAUAAAAUGUUUUACGUGCCGUAUGAAGUAUGAACACACUGCUUAAUUGCAAAGGAAACUAUCCAGUCUUCAUGUAUAUAUUUCAAAUAAUAAGGCAAGAAAAUUGCAAGCUAUCUUACUUACAAGUAUAAGAUGGAAACAAAUUAAUGGAUGACAUAAUUUGUGAUGAGUGAACAUCUAAUUUCAUUUGAUUUCAUUUUGUGAUGAGAGUGCAAUUUUUUAUAAAGAGAACUUAUGCUUUGGAAUUUGAAUUAUACAAUGGAUUUUAUUUUACUGUAGGCAAUUUAAAACAAUUUUUAAUAAAAAAUGGAACUAAAACACUUUAUUUUUUUUUUUUUAACAUGCCUCAGAAAGUAAGGAAUAUUGAGAUAAUGCAAUGCAUUAAGGUUGAAUAAUUUUGCCUGGACAAUAGUGUUUCUGCCUAUUGUUCUUUGAAAUCUAACUGUCACAACAUCCUUUAGAUGUACUAACAAUUUGAACAUGGGACCUCAUUUUUUUUGUCCCACCUGAACGACCAUGUGAUAUUUAUUAGAUUUUGAUUGUGCACAUACAUCAUAUCAUAUACUUACAAUUUUAUUAUUGUAAUAUAAAAAUUGUUAAAGUUGUAAAGAGUAAUCCAGUUUUGUUUGUUUGUUCCACAAGAUUUUAGUUUAUAUAAUUAGUUUCUUCUGAAUUGUUACAUGGAUAAAGACUCUUAUGAUUUGAUUUAAAAGUUUUCUUUAUAAUGUAAUAAUAGUAGUAAUAAGAAACUAAUGAAAUAAUUUUAUAUUUUUACACUUUUGUAGCAAGUUCAGUAGCUGGUUGUGAUUUUCAAUAGUUAGUGAAAAGAAAUACUUAAUGCAAUACAUGUUGAUUUUAAUUUAAAAUGUGUACUUAUUUAUCAGACGACACUACAUUUAUUAAGUUCAUAUUUGCUUCUAAGUCCUAACUAUCUAAAAUCUUGUUGUUCUUCCAUUGAUGAAGGCCAAAGUUAAGUUCAUGCUACAAAAUACCAAUUUAAUAAUUAGAUGCUUCAUUGAGUCAAAUAGAUCUGAUAUUUUUAAAAUUUAUUUUAUGAAAUAGUAAUAUUUUCUAGCGAUGUAAUCGGAUAAAAAAUCAUAAUUAUAUAAUUUUUACAUUCAUUUUGAUAUAUUCUCUUUAAGCUAUUAUACAUGGCAAGAUAUUUGUACAUUUUACUAGAAUAACUAGAAUAAAUUGUAGUAAUAUUA